GCCUGAAAAUGCAGCAGUGAUGGUGUGGAUACAUGGGGGCGGCUACCACGUUGGAGCCCCUAAGGGGCACGCCAAUGAUACACUGUUCUUUGCUGCCAUGGGCGAUGUCAUCGUCGUCACCAUCAACUACCGUCUCGGUAUGCUCGGCUUUAUGACGACAGGGGAUGAUUCUAUGCCGGCUAACCUUGGUCUUCUAGAUCAACGUCAGGCAUUAUUAUGGGUACAGGAAAAUAUCGCUUCGUUCGGUGGAGAUCCGAGUCGUGUGACCAUUUUCGGUGUGAGUGCUGGAUCAGGUAGUGUCAACCUCCAUCUUCUAUCACCCAUGAGCGCUGGUCUCUUCUCUGGAGCUAUCAUGCAGAGCGGUGCCCUGACCUCGUGGACACACCAACCGGUUCAAACUAACAUUGAUAUGACCAAGGCUUUUGGAAAAGAAUUGGGUUGUGACGGCGCAACAUCAGUCGAACUUGUCAGUUGCCUACGAGGAAAACCAGUCGAAGAACUCAUAGAGCUCCAACAAAAUGCAACGACAAAUCUUGCACGCUACACGGUCUUCCCUGUACCCGAUGGUGAGUUCCUUCUAAAGGACCCCUUCUUGCUGGCAGCUGAAGGUUCCAUCAACCCGGCCAACGUUAUGGUCGGAUGUCUCUCCGAGGAAGGCAACAUGGCGGUGGUGCCCAUGUUCGGUAGGGACAGGGUGAACAAGGAAGCGUACGGUGUGUACAUGGCCAACAUCCUGCAGAUGCGAGAUCCGUUGAUCCAGGAUCUUGCCACUGUUGUCUUUGGUUCAGAUGAAAUGUUCAGUAGUCUUGAGCCAGAUUACAGAGAUGCCGCUGCAAACUUUCUCGGGGACAGUGUAUUCUUAUGUCCAACAUUCGAUUUCACUCAGCUCCUCGCUCAGGCUGGGAAGACUGUAUUUUCCUAUUUGAUGACGCACCGACCCAGUCACUCAGUCUGGGGCAAAAACAUGACCGGGCUCGGGCCAACUCAUGGCGAGGACGUUGCGUACGUUUUUGGCGCACCAUUCAUGUAUGAUAACGAUGCCGACGACGAAGAUCAAGACUGCUACCUAGUAGGCCGUUUCAACGUCGAGGAGGUUGAAGUGUCCAUACAGAUGAUGAAGUAUUGGUCAAAUUUCGGAAAGACCGGUGAUCCUAAUCUAUCUUCUACUGAGUCAGCUGUCGAGUCUGAAUUUCCAGUUUGGCCGAUCGAAGUACACCACCUUGAAUCCAAAGUUCAAAGAGCUCAACUCGCAGUUUGAGAAUCGAGCCGGGAACCCAUUCGCCAAGAGGUGCCACUUCCUGAAGAAUAUUCUGCCCAAUCUUUUGGGAAAUACAGCUGAAAUUGAGCGCCUGAAAUCCCUCUUGGAAGGUAGAGUCAACUAAGGAAGCUGUAACGAUCCUCAGUCCUGCCGAUAGUGUUCAAGGAACAAAAGCUUUUCUGCAAAUCUUACUGAUGUCUCUACGACAAAUACAUAUAGAGUUGCUGCAUUUAAAAUUAUAAACUGAAGCUAAAUAAAGUCGAAGAAACAUAUGGCGGUUAAAGCAUGCAAUGUAUACAUCAGUUUAUACUUUCUAAAGCUGAAAUAGACGGUUUGGAAUCAUUAAUAUUCUUAAUGUUAUAAGCUCCGUCACUGAUCGUAUUAUGAAAAGUUCUCGGGAUUAUGGUCAUAUAGAGAUUAAAAUAUAUUUGAUGGGUACUUUUUUAUCGAGGAGAAGAAUAUGUAGGGGUAAAUAUUUACUAGAAAUGAUAAGUAAAAAAAUACAAGCUUGCUAAAACAUUUUCUAGUGCAGUACGCUUUUUCAGGUUCAGAUGCUGGACCUAUACCGACAUGAUAUACAUCCUUUACCAUUAUAUUUUUAAAAGCAGGAAUCACGAUAGCUUGGACCAUAGCUAAGGCUAAGAGCACUUAUUUUCUAGGAAUAAAAUAUAUAGGGGGUAUUAAUCAUACCAUAAAAGAUAGAAUCUUGUACGCUUGUAACAUAGGUUAGGAGAAGAGCACUUAUUUUCAUUUUCAUGAUUUCACGAUAAUAAAUGAU